GUCAAACAUUUCAACUCACUUAGAAAACUUUUACAAGAAAUAAUACAAAACAAAAAAAAUAAAAUAAAGAUAAAUAAUAUAAAAAAAAAUGGACAAACUUCGGGCGAUGAAGCUCAGAGAAGAGCAUUUGAGGAAUAUGGAUGCGUUUCACAUGGAUUCCUUAUUGCCUUCAAAGAUAGACUACAUCAGUACCUCAAGAGCGGACUAUGUCGACCAUACGGCCACUGCUGUUCAUAAUCCCCCAUCUAGGCAGACUCAAAUGGAUCCCUCCCUAAUAACUGGCCAUUUUGCGAACAAUUUGAAGGUCCGCGGCGGCGAGGAGAAGACAAAGACAUGGCCUCAAUCCAUGGACUGGCGCGAGGACUACGCCCAGUUCGUUAAACGCAACAAGUGGUGCAAUGAGAAUCUCUAUAAGCUCUUCUUCGUCUGUCCGCCCGUUGACUACCGCCUACUGGAGAACUACUUUAAGGACUUGCGCAAGUCCAUCUACAUGUAUGAUUUCUCUCGAGAUACGUACAUAUCGAAAGUGAGACAAAGACGAUCGGUUUUGGGAGCAAAGGCAUUUGAGGGCGACUAUCUUACAACCUAUGGAUGCUACCACAAUCGACUGCAGGAUAUUGAGUCUCUCAGAAGCCACUGCUACCCGGAGGCUCCGUUGAAGAACAUGACGCUGGACAGGUUCUCCACCAAUAUGCGCAAGCUCUUUACCAAGUACAACUUGACAACUUAUUUUGACGAAAUUUGCGCACCGGCUCUGCUGAAGGCAAAGAACGGGAUAAUGCCCUCGGGACCCAUUGAUCGUUAUCAAUUUCGCAAGUAUUAGGCUGGAACUGGAGUACUUACACAUCUUCCCACUCGUGGAACAGUGGGAGGACGCGAUUGGAUUGCGCCACCGGCACAAAUAUCAUGGCGUACUUCAGGUAGACGUUGGAGUCCUGGAAAUACGAAUAUUGCAUGUAUAUGUUAAAAUUAAGGAAGUGCAAAUAAACCUGCUAAAUACUUA